AGUAUGUGUUGAGUUGAAAGCACUACGAAAUAUGUGCGUAAUUAAGUUUCGUCUUAGGACUUAUAAAAAUGUAAAAAAAAAUGUAUAUAUUCAAGUACUAUACCAUUAAAAGCACUUGAAUAUCAAAUAAAACUGUGAUUCACUGCAGACCUGGAGCGCCUGUGAUAAAUUAUAGACUCCGGUACAUAUACAGGAUUCAAGCGGUUUGAGCAAAAAGUAUAUUUAAUGUAUGUAUUCUGUAACCAUGGUAAUACCUUAACCUUUAGUCAGUAUAUUAUACAUAUUAUACACUAAUGCGUGCGGACAUGCAAUAAUUUGCGUAUUUUUGACGUGCGUUCCAGUUGAUUAUCACUUCCGGACAUGCGCAGAAGACCGCUCCAGGCCUGCAAUGAGUAACAUCGAUAAAAUAGCAGAUUCUGAAGGAAAUAAACUUUAACCAAACGGUUAUGACAUGCGUAAAUGUUAAUAGAUAUUUCUUUUGAUAAAAUAGAAUUGCAGACUGUUAUAACACGUAACAGAAAUUAAGACAAUAGAUACAAUGAGAGGUGUCGGUGACAGAAGAGCUGGUAUUGAACUUGACGAGAUCAAAGAAAAUGAAAAUGUAUAUGAGGAAUUAGACAAAAAAUGUAUUAACAGUGAUACAUAUGACAAUGAGAAAACAGAAAAGAAAACAAAAAAGGAAAACAUGGAUACAACUAAAGUUGUCAUAGUUUUACUUUGUGUUGUUGUGGCAGCUUUGGUAGUAGCUGUCGCGACUGUGAGUUCUGUUGUAUAUUUUGGAGUCACAGAUGGCGGCUGGACGGAUUGGGAAGAUUGGCGAGCAUGCAGUGUAACAUGUGGAACUGGCUUUACUACUCGGAUACGGACUUGCUCCAAUCCACGACCAUCGAUUAUGGGACGAUAUUGUGACGGUACCUCUUUGCAAGUGCAAUCCUGUAACAAUACGUCGUGUUCAGUUACAGAUGGCGGUUGGACAGGUUGGGCAGAUUGGGGAGUAUGCAGUGUUACAUGCGGAGGUGGCUUUACUACUCGAAUGCUGCAAUGUGCAAACCCACGCCCAUCGAUAACUGGGCGAUUUUGUGACGGUACAUCUCUGCAAGUGCAAUCCUGUAACAAUACGGCGUGUUCAGGAUCCAGUGCAGCGGUUUUUGUAUACAACACAACAGACGACUCAGGUCAUCCGCUCCAUUUCCAAAAUGCUUUCUUCAAUAGCGACAAUGCAUUCAAUAUGAUUUCAAGUAUUUUUGAAUGCAAGCAGGAGGGAGUCUACUUUUUUGUUAAUACGAUAUCGCGGAAGAAAGGAUGUUCGGGCAGUACCUAUUGUUCCUUCUAUAUAAAUGAUGAACGUAGUUCGUUUGCCGGGUAUGCAGACAGUAUUGACGAUGACUCUUAUCCAUCUGGAACAGAAGCUGUCUUACAUUAUCUCAAACCUGGAGAUCGCGUGUACAUUGGCGGAUGUAGAAACGCUAGUUGCAUUGAUAGUUCAUCAAGCUUCACAGGUUUUAUCAUCAAUGCUGUUUAUUGAUAUUCAUGCGCGCGUGUGUGUAUAUAUAUAUAUAAUUUAAGGAACGUCUAAUAUGUCAAUCUAUGCACGCUUGCUUCAUCAGGAGGCAUUGUUUGUAAGACUGCGGACGAUUAAAAUAUUUAAGGAAUAUACAAAAUCAUAUUGUCCGCGUUAUAUUUCAUAUAUGUUGUCAAGUUGCAUUGCUUAUAAGAUUUUAAAGAAAACUUGGUAUUUUGAAAACAAUAAUCUAAAAUUGAUUUCUACCAAAACCUUGGUCUGACCUAUCAACUGUUUAUCUAUAUUGAUUUCAGUCAGGCUGCUUUUAUUUAAUUUGUUCUUUUAAACAAAAUUAGCUUUGCAUUGUUUUUUUUAAAAAAUGUACACGACUCUUGCAACUGGACCUGCCUCUAUUGAGUUGUCUACCCAAAAGUAAAAAAAAUAACACUAAGUUACGAUACAACAAAAAUGAGCCAAUCACCAAGGACUCGGGUGUUCUCGAGGAUAUUUGCAAUUAACCCACUACAGGUCAAGUUUACUAUUCACUUAUAACAACCGAUGAAAACAGAUCUGCGAAUACAGGUGUUUCGGUUUACAUAUGAUAUUUAUAUAAAUACAUGUAUCUUGUUAUGUAAAUAAUAACUCACCUUGAAAAUAAAUUGAUUUAUUGU